GGGAGGCGGAGGCGGAGGCGUACAAGUGGCCUUUGCUACACCAACCAAUCUUCUUGUUGGGGACGAUCCAGAGAGCAGCCAUGGCCAUGCCCGGCCUCCUCCCCAAGCUCCUCCCUCCAUCCAUCAUCUCUCAACGACGGUGGUUAUCUCACCGCCGGCCACCGCCAGUCCACCACGCCACCACCAGAAUCAGAAGCAGCAGCGACUCCUCCACCACCACCACACCCGCGACAACGACGACGUCUCCGGCGGCGGUGAAGCUCACCUACCUCGAGUUCAACGGCUGGCUGUGGGAGCUGCCCGGCGGCUUCCGCGUCCUCGUCGACCCCAUCCUCGUCGGCAACCUCGACUUCGGCAUCCCAUGGCUCUUCGACGCCGCCAAGAAGACCCUCCCCAAGUCCCGGCUAGAGCCGGACGGCCUCCUCGCCGGCGCCGGCGUCGACCUGCUGCUCAUCACCCAGAGCCUCGACGACCACUGUCACCUCCGCACCCUCACCGAGCUCGCCGCCGUCCGCCCCGGCCUCCCCGUCGUCGCCACGCCCAACGCGCGCCCCAUCCUCUCCGCCCUCCCCUUCACCCACGUCACCUACCUCGAGCCCGGCCAGUCCACCGCCGCCGCCGCCGCCGCCGCCACCGUGCUCGCCACCGCCGGCCCCGUGCUCGGCCCGCCGUGGCAGCGCCCCGAGAACGGCUACAUCGUCACCGCCGCCGCCGGGGGCAAAAACACCAGCGUCUACUACGAGCCGCACUGCGUGUACGACGCCGGGUUCCUGCGGGACAGGGCGCUGCGCGCCGACGUGCUCAUCACGCCCGUCGUCAAGCAGCUCCUCCCGGCCGACUUCACCCUCGUCUCCGGGCAGGAGGACGCCGUGGAGCUCGCCAGGCUGCUCCGCCCCACCUACGUCGUGCCCAUGAGCAACGGCGAGUUCGACGCCAAGGGGAUCCUCGCCGCCCUCGUCUCCACCCGGGGCACCAUCCAGGCCUUCAGGGCCAUGCUCGCCGACGCGCUCCCCGACGCAAAGGUCGUCGAGCCCACCCCCGGCGUGCCGCUCCACCUCCGCUUCGACGACAACGACAACAACAACAAUUCAUCAACAUCAUCAUCAUCAUCAUCGUAGAUUAGUUCCAUUCUCCAUUCAUAUUGCAACAAAACAAGGCAGAGAGAGAGAGCAAAGAUUAGUUCUUAGAAGAAUACUAUCAUACAUGUAAGUAUGAUACUACGAUCUUUUUCCUUUUGAUUUGAAGGAUAAGCAUAAUACAAUCUUAUUACAAGUGUA